AUGACAAAUUGGGCAAAAUACGAGAAAAAGUUCAAUGAUAAUUGGCUCAAGGAUCCACUGUUUGUUAAGUGGUUACUGAAAGCAAGUGAUCCAAACAAAGCUUACUGCAAGCUAUGCAAAAGUGAGCUCAGAGCUCAUAGAUUUGAUUUAGUGAGACAUAAAGAUUCUGCUAAACAUUUAAAAAACGCAGCUGCAAUUGCUGUACAUCCGACAAUCAAUAAGGUUUUUCCAGCAGCAACUUCUAUAAAUCAAAAAAAUUUAAUCACAAAAAUCGAAUUAAAAUUAGCAGUUCACACUGCUUGUCAUUCAUCGAUUAGUGUGAUCGAUCAUCUCUCUGAAAUAAUUAAAGACCAGUUUCAAACGUUUAAUAGUAAUAAAAAACCCGAUCAAUCUCUACGUAUUCACAGAACAAAAUGUACCGCUUUACUUACAAGAGUAAUUGAACCGUCUCUACUUCAGCAACAAAUUAAAGACAUCAACGAUGUGCAGUUUUCUUUAAUAUUAGAUGAAUCAACAGAUGUUUCUUGUCAAAAACAUUUAUGUAUUUGUAUCCGGUAUUUUAAUAUUCGAAAAAAAUGCAUCGUUUCUCAGUAUUUAGGAUUAAUUCCUGUAGUUGAAACAUCUGCAAAUGACUUGUACGAAGCUUUAAAUAACUACUUCAAAAAAAUAAAUUUGAACCUCUUGAAUUGUUUCGCAAUUGCUACUGAUGGUGGGUCAAAUUUAUGUGGUAUCAGACAUUCGUUAUUUACAUUAAUGAAAGAGAAAAAAGAAAACUUAAUGCUGUUUAAAUGCAUUUGUCAUUCCAUCCAUCUGGUAUGUUCUCAUGCUUCAGAAGAACUUCCUUCAAACGUUGAUUACAUGUUACGUGAAACAUUUAAUUGGUUCAAAAGAUCAGCGUUACGAAAAAAAAAAUAUUUGGACAUUUACAACACACUAAACGACGGAGGUGACCCCUUACAACUGGUGCAGCUUUCUGGGACGAGAUGGUUAGCUAGAGGCCAAGCUGUAGCUAGAAUCUUAGACCAAUGGGACAGUUUAAAAUUGCAUUUUGAUGUUGCUGCCUCUGAAAAACAUCAAGAUCGUUACACAGCUAAAGAAUUACAGCAAAUGUACAAUGAUCCAGCAAACUUACUGUAUUUCACGUUUUUGUCACCAAUUUUAUCCGAGUUCAAUUCUAUUAAUUUAUUAUUCCAAAAAGAGCAUGCUGAUCAUUUCACUAUUUUACAAGAAUUAGAACAAUUUACAUUGGCUUUAUUAAGAAGAAUUUUGUUUCCAGCAUCCGUCUCUUUGUCCGUUAAUUUAAGUUUUCAAUCAAUUUAUUUACCAUUGAAUCGAGUAGAUUUUGGUUAUAAAUUUACAAAACUUAUUGAAGACUUAUUAAGCAAAACCGAUAUUUCUAAAAGCACUAUCAACGAUGUGAAACUUCGUUGUCAGUCUUUUUUAAUCAAAGCUUGCAAGGAACUUAUCGUACGUACAUCUGAUAAUACAAAAAUUUUGAAAAAAAUUCAAUAUUUUUCUCCGAAAGUUUGCCUAAAAACAGACCGUCCAAGUUUUGCUGAGUUACCACUAGAUUUACUAGGAAAAAAUGUUGAUUUGAAUAUAGUUGAAAUGCAGUGGAGAAAAUUAAUUGACUAUGACUUCAAGAGCGAAUUCGGUGAGUCUGUUAUUUCCCAAGGUUCACUUUUUUGGUCUAAACUCAUGGAGCUUAAAGAUGCUGAAGAGAAUCUCUUAUUUAAAGAACUAGCUACUCUAGCAUUAACGGCAUAUAGUUUACCUAUAAGUAAUGCCACUGUUGAGCGAGUUUUUUCUCGAGUUACUGCGACAAAAAAUAAACUCAGAAAUCGUAUGAAUUUGCCACUUUUAUCAUCGAUAAUAAGAAUUAAAAUGAGCUUAGAUGAAGAUGGAAUAUGCUGUACUCAAUUCGAGCCAAAAGAGAAAGAAGAAGAAGAACUACUGCAACAGAUGUUGGAUUGA